UCUACCCCCUCCCCUCCUCCAGUCUCCCUCUAAUUUUCUCUCUCUUCAGUCCUCCGCACCUCCACUAGACUCCACCAAGAAGCGAAGAGAGAAAAAGAUGGGAAGCCCAUUUGCAAAUGGCGGCGGAGAGCGAGGACUCGGCGGCGCAGCCAAUGGCUCGGUGGACAAAGGGGUGGAUUACGCCAACUACUUCUGCACUUACUCUUACUUGUACCACCAGAAAGAAAUGCUCUCUGAUCGUGUCAGAAUGGAUGCUUACUACAACUCCAUCUUCCAGAACACACACCACUUUCAAGGAAAGACUGUGUUGGAUGUAGGAACUGGUAGUGGUAUUCUUGCAAUUUGGUCAGCACAAGCGGGUGCAAGAAAGGUCUAUGCAGUGGAAGCUACAAAGAUGUCUGAGCAUGCUCGUCUUCUUGUUAAAGCGAAUGGCCUUGAGGAUGUUGUUGAAGUCAUUGAGGGUUCCAUGGAAGAUAUAACUCUUCCGGAAAAAGUUGAUGUAAUUAUAUCUGAGUGGAUGGGAUACUUCCUACUGCGCGAGUCCAUGUUUGAUUCUGUGAUAUGUGCACGAGAUCGAUGGCUGAAGCCAACUGGAGUUAUGUAUCCAAGUCAUGCACGCAUAUGGUUGGCUCCUAUAAAGUCUCACUUGAUAGAUCAGAAAAGGGAUCACUUUGAUGGAGGUAUGGAAGAAUGGCAUGGUUUUGUUGAUGAUACUAAGAACUCCUAUGGUGUAGAUAUGAGUAUUCUCACAGAGUCCUUCACUGAGGAGCAGAAGAAAUAUUACCUACAGACUUCAUUGUGGAACAACCUUCGUCCUGAACAAGUCAUCGGGACAGCUGCCAUCAUCAAGGAGAUGGAUUGUUUAACUGCUACAGUUGAUGAUAUUCUUGUCAUUAAAACUCAAUUUUUCUCAUCAAUCUUGGAGGAGGAUACAAGGUUCUCUGGGUUUGGAGGCUGGUUUGAUGUUCAUUUCCGAGGAAGAAGCGAAAGUCCAGCUAAAUGUGAGAUUGAGCUGUCAACAGCCCCCAGCGUUGAAAAUGGCACGCAUUGGGGUCAGCAAGUCUUUCUCUUAAAUUCUCCUAUUCGUAGCAACAAAGGAGACAAUAUGAGUAUUUCCUUUGUGAUGAACCGUUCUAAAGAAAACCAUCGACUGUUAGAAGCUGAGUUUGGGUGUGAGUUCAAACUAGCGUCUGGCCAGCCGCUUCAGCCAUUCAGGAAGAAGUUCUUCAUAGAGUGAGGAAGAAAACUAAUGAAGCAUUCUUCUCUGGAGUCUUACUACAGCAAAAUAUGAGCUGCUAUGACUCAGAAGACAUAAAGCAGAAGUCUGGUACGCUGUUGAAACUUGUCAGGAUAUGGUCAAGUCUAUUUGGAUGUGGUGACCCUUCUUUAAACGUACUCUCGAGCUUUUUCUGCUGGUUUAAUUGUCGGAUAUACCAAUUUCUGUGUUAACCUGAAUGACUACAAGGAUCUUACUUUGGUACGACAAAUGGGUUUGAGUUCAUCUGUAUUGACUGAAACAGAGCUCAUGGCGAGGCAAAUAUGAUUUUGACGUUGAAUGAUGUAAUACGUAACAGUAGAAAAUAGUGGUGAAAUGAACAAAUAUUUAUUGAUGUUUCCAGUAAUUUUGCAUUUGUUUUUGUUGAUUUUUUUUCCUUCAGAACUUUUGCAAUUCCUAGGGUCAUCAUUAUAUACUGAUGAAUGUUCCUCUGUA